UCAUAUUCUUCGUUAUCUUUCAGAACAAAAUUUUUAAUAUUAAUUUUAAAUUUUAAGUCGUCCAAAUUUGUUCUUAUAUUCCAAACCAGAGGAGCUAUUUUAUUUUUAUUCCCUGAAAUGCGAAUGCUAUGCGAUAGACUUUCUGCCUUGACUGCUGGAGCUAUGGUCGGCGUUUGGUAUGCUAAGAACUUCCCCUGUGAAAAGUCCAAAGACCAGGACAAGUCCAAGGAUAAGGGCAAAGACAAGGGCAAGGACAAGGAGAAAGAGAAGGACAAGGGGAAGGAGAAGAAGGACCAGGAUAAGAGCAAAGACAAGGGAAACGAGAAAGGCAAGGAGUAGGGAUAAGAAUAUAUAGCUAAACUGGAUGGAAUUAAUGCUCCAUUUAGCCGAAAAAAAAAAAAACGAUACGAUACUUAUGGCCAAAAUUCAAAUGUAGACGACGCAAUCGGCAUGAAGAGGCAAAGUGUAAGGUGAAAUAUGACCACUAAAAGGAAACUAUCGUCUUAUAUAUUAACUGACGAGCCUCUUUCAAGAGCUUUGAGCGAUGUUUUUAUUACAUUUCCAUCCAGUUGAUUAACUUUGCUGAGAUUCUUAUUUAUUUGGCAUUUUAAUAAAGAUGGGUAUCGUACCAAAAAAAAAAGUGUA